AUGUCAACAGGACAGAGACAGCCCACACCACUCCGUCGGAUCAUAACCACACAUGAUCCUAAAAGCGGCCGAGCUGUCUUUAGCGACGCAGUUGGGGGCUCGGUAUCGUUCACUGGAUUUCCAGUUCCCCCGGCAAACCCCCCAACGUCGGAUUAUGCACUAGCCUAUAACACAACUACAUUUCCUGUGCAAGGGUUGUCCCCUCCAACUUCUGCAACCCCGGAAUCCAAAGCCAAUCUUGAUAUCAAGCACUAUCAAUCUCAGCUUUCGGAUCCGUCGCCUUUGAAUCCGCCAAACGGCACCUCCUGCACGAUUAUUGAGGUACCUCCGGGAGCAACGGUUCCGAUGCACCGAACCACUACCCUGGACUAUGGCGUCAUAAUUGAUGGGUCUACAGAAUUGAUCCUUGAUUCUGGGGAAAAAACAUUGAUGGGAAAGGGUGAUGUAUUCGUUCAACGAGGCACAGCUCAUUCCUGGCGGAAUACGACCGAAAAGCAUGACAACUCUGGUAUUCUACGCGUCUUUUUCGUGUUUCAACCUAUCGAACAAGUGCGAUUAGAAGGCGGAAAGGCCAUCGGUCAGGACUUGACUUUGUCUCUGCAUCAGGCCUAA